AUCUUAGGCCCAAAAUGGAAAAAGCCCGGUAACCAAAUAACCCCAAUUUUUUUAUUUAAUUUUUUGUUUGGUUGCCGAGAAAACUAAUAGGAAAGUGAGCGAGAAAACCAAUCAGUCAAUUUUCAGUGGUGAGUCUGAGAAAAUGGAAAGCCAGAAAACCGAGCUGGAGUCAUCAGAGGAGAAGAGUGUCACUGUCGACCAGAACGAGAACGCGAAGAACAGAUUACAGUCGACGGAGGCGCUGGCAAAGGCGCUUUCGUCGACGCUCACCACCGUCAUCAAAGACUUCGAUUCCAAAGCUCAGCAGACCUUCGCCAGCCAGGACCACCUCUCUCAGUCGCUCGAUCGCCUCACCCGCGAGCUGGAUAAGUUGUUGGACGAUGCUCCGUUUCUGUUCAUCAUGCAACACGCGGCGAAGAUUUCCGCCGUUAGGAAGAGAGUUUCGUCGUUGAAUUCGGUUCUCAAGUCCGUACAGCGCCGGCUUGAUAACAUUGACAGAAUGCUGUUUGUUGGCGUCCGAAUCCAGCAUCAGCAGCAACAACAUGAUAAGACGGCCACAGGACAUUCAGGACUGCCGUAAUAUAGUUGUGUGUCUCGAAAGCUUAAUAAUGGGACUGCACGGGACAACCUUAAGAGUUUUGCCUCCGCUGACUACUCACUGAUAAUUUCACCAUCUUGGGAGGAAGCUGGAUGAGGUGAGUCUCAGUAGCCACAUGGAUGUUCUAUCAUUCGCGGAACAUACACGGUACCUGAAAGUGAAGAUUGAGAUUGGAACUGCGGUAUGAAGGUGAUUAUUUUGAUUAUGGGCUGUGACUAGGUUUCAAUAGGUUGAAUGGUGGUUGUUUGGAUACGUAGUAAUGGAAACUAAGUUGACUCCGUCCCCUCUAUUUUGAUUUCGAUUUAGAGAUGGGAUGUGUUUUCUUCAUUUGUUGAAUCCUAGCUCCAAAAAGAAAAAAAUUUCGUGGUUGUGUUUGAGUUCUUUGA